AUGGUCAAGGCCGUUGUUGCUGGUGCCUCUGGUGGCAUUGGACAGCCUCUGUCCCUCCUGCUCAAGACGAGCCCUCACAUCACCGAGCUUGCUCUCUACGAUGUCGUCAACACCCCUGGUGUUGCCGCUGACCUAUCUCACAUUUCGUCCCCUGCGGUUGUCAAGGGCUACCUCCCCGCCGACGACGGAGCUAAGAAGGCCUUCAAGGAUGCUGACAUCAUCGUCAUCCCUGCUGGCAUUCCCCGCAAGCCCGGCAUGACCCGCGACGACCUCUUCAAUAUUAACGCUGGCAUCGUCAAAGGCCUCAUUGAGACUGCUGCUGAGGUCGCCCCCAAGGCUUUCAUUCUCGUCAUCUCCAACCCCGUCAACUCGACUGUUCCCAUCUCUGCCGAGGUCCUCAAGGCUAAGAACGUCUUCAACCCCCAACGUCUCUUUGGUGUCACCACGCUCGACAUUGUCCGUGCCGAGACUUUUGUCGCUGAGAUUAUUGGCGAGGCCUCGCCCCAGAAACUCAACAUCCCGGUCGUCGGUGGCCACUCUGGUGCCACCAUCAUUCCUCUCUUCAGCAAGGCCAACCCUCCUGUCAAAAUCCCCGCUGACAAGUAUGAGGCCCUGGUAAACCGCGUUCAAUUUGGCGGUGACGAGGUCGUCAAGGCUAAGGACGGCGCUGGUUCCGCUACCCUUUCCAUGGCCUAUGCUGGUUUCCGCUUCGCCGAGAAGGUCAUCAAGGCUGUCAAGGGUGAGAAGGGCCUGGUUGAGCCUAGCUAUGUCUACCUUCCCGGUAUUCCAGGUGGCAGUGCCAUCGCCAAGCAGGUUGGCACUGACUUCUUCUCCGUCCCCAUUGAGCUUGGCCCCAACGGUGCCGAGAAAGCCAACAACCCCUUUGAGGGCAUCACUGAGCAGGAGAAGGCGCUUCUGGACAAGGCCAUCGCCGACCUUAAAGGCAGCAUUAGCAAGGGCAUUGAUUUUGCCCACAACCCUCCCCAAAAGUGA